AUUUCCCCCUACCAAUGCGUCUGCAAGCUUUUUCUGCUGUCGUCUUCGUUCUUUGGGCGACAGCUUCGAAGCUCACUAUCGACUCCAUUGCCUUCGUAAUCUCCGCCCCCCCCUCUCUCUCUCUCUACAUAUAGAUUUUUGCAUUUUAAUAGAAGAACUUUCUUCGUCACUAGUGAUUUCUUCUGCUCUCCUCCGAAUUCCAAAUUUCGAUAUUCGCAUCUCUCAAUAGGCCUUUGACUGUUUCCGUACAAUUAGCCAUCGCCGCCGCCGUCACCGGCGCCACAAUCGCCAUGACGAUGUCACAGUCCAUCCAUUUCUUCAUCACCUCUCAGUCGCCCAAAGUCAAUUUACCAAAGCACUCGUAUUCGAAACCCUAUCUGCCUUCCAGCAGUCAGCGCUUGCCGGUCGCCUCUGUGAGAAAGCCUAUCCAAGCCUCUUCGUCGGAUCUCAAUUCGCCAUCCUCGCCUGUUCUUGUUCCCGACAACGGCAAGGGCGGGUUUCUGUCGGUAGCGCCGCCGAAGUAUGCUCCGGUGUCAGUUGCUGAUUCGAGCUCGAUCGAGGUCGAUGCGGUGACGGAGGCGGAGUUGAAGGAGAAUGGGUUCCGAAGCACGAGGAGGACCAAGCUUGUUUGCACUAUUGGACCAGCCACCUGCGGGUUUGAGCAGCUGGAAGCGUUGGCCGUGGGCGGCAUGAACAUGGCGCGGAUCAACAUGUGUCACGGAACGCGCGAGUGGCAUCGCGGCGUCAUUGAGCGUGUGCGAAGGCUGAAUGAAGAGAAGGGGUUUGCUGUUGCAAUCAUGAUGGACACGGAGGGUAGUGAGAUUCACAUGGGGGAUCUGGGGGGUGCUUCAUCAGCCAGAGCCGAGGAUGGCGAGAUAUGGACUUUCAGUGUUCGAGCAUUUGAUGCACCUCGCCCAGAGCGGACCAUAACUGUAAAUUAUGAUGGCUUUGCUGAAGAUGUGGAAGUUGGGGAUGAACUCUUGGUGGACGGUGGAAUGGUGAGGUUUGAGGUGAUUGAGAAGAUUGGGCCAGAUGUCAAGUGUCGUUGCACUGAUCCGGGAUUAUUGCUACCACGUGCUAAUUUGACUUUUUGGCGAGAUGGGAAUCUAGUACGAGAACGCAAUGCUAUGCUCCCAACAAUUUCUUCAAAAGAUUGGUUGGACAUUGAUUUUGGAAUUGCAGAGGGUGUUGAUUUCAUUGCAAUUUCAUUUGUCAAGUCUGCUGAAGUUAUUAAACAUCUUAAAAGCUAUAUUGCUGCACGUUCUCGUGAUAGUGAUAUUGCUGUCAUUGCGAAGAUAGAGAGUAUUGAUUCCUUGAAGAACUUAGAGGAGAUCAUUCAAGCUUCAGAUGGUGCUAUGGUGGCUAGAGGAGAUCUUGGUGCUCAGAUCCCAUUGGAACAGGUUCCAUCGGCCCAACAAAAGAUUGUUCAGGUGUGCAGGCAGCUAAAUAAGCCUGUCAUUGUUGCCUCACAGCUGCUUGAAUCCAUGAUUGAAUACCCUACGCCGACCAGAGCAGAAGUGGCUGAUGUUUCUGAAGCAGUUAGGCAGAGAGCGGAUGCUUUAAUGCUUUCUGGUGAGUCUGCCAUGGGCCAGUACCCAGAGAAAGCAUUGACUGUUUUGAGAAGUGUUAGUCUGAGAAUUGAAAGGUGGUGGAGAGAACAGAAACGACAUGAAGCUAUGGAACUUCCUGGCAUAGCAUCUUCAUUCUCUGAAAGCAUUUCAGAAGAGAUUUGCAACUCUGCUGCUAAGAUGGCUAACAAUUUGGAGGUAGAUGCACUCUUUGUUUACACAAAGACAGGGCACAUGGCGUCUCUCCUUUCACGCUGCCGCCCUGACUGCCCAAUCUUUGCUUUUACGAGCACAGCAUCCAUGCGUAGACGUCUGAACCUGCAGUGGGGCCUCAUACCUUUCCGUGUCAGCUUUUCAGACGAUAUGGAAAGCAACCUUAACAAAACUUUCUUCUUGCUUAAGGCCAGGGGGAUGAUCAAAUCAGGUGACCUUGUCAUUGCUGUAUCAGACAUGUUGCAAUCCAUUCAAGUGAUGAACGUUCCCUGAAAAAAAAAGAGAAAAGAGCUCUGUUUAGGUUGCAAGCAUUAUUUCAAUCGUUUAGAUUCAUGUAUCAUUUUAAGCUGCUCUUUAUUUUGCUACUGGUGCAACAAUUUGGUUAUAGAAAAGAAAAGAAUUCUGGGUUCACGAGUUGCAAUUCUGCUUUCCCACUACUUCAACUGGAUCCAGCUUCAGUUUGUGCAAGUGAGCCUAUGUUCGUGUUUAACAGAUCAUCUGCCAUUCCGGCUCCUCUAUUACUCCGGCAGACUAUUACAGUACCUGUUGUUCUUCCUUGCAGCUUGAGUUAUGUCUGUAGGAAAGUACUGCUGAUGGCGGCAAAUGUAGUUCCCUUUGUGUGUUUUUUGUUCUAUUAUUAGUAUAGAAAAUGUACCCGACUUUUUCUACUAUAAAUUUCUGUCGUCUAGCAUAUAUGUAUGUAUGUAUGCUUUUGUUUAGAGACAACGUUAUCAAGCAGCUAGCAUGGGUGAAGCGAAUGUACACAAUUCAUAAUGAAUCCAGUGCAGCUUCUCCCUUCUUGUUUUA